AUGGCCGGAUCGCUUCUUCAGUCGCUGCGCGUAGUGUCCGCUUGUCUACUGUUGACAGCCGAGUCUGUUGCAGCCAAGUCGCCUAGUCUACAAGGCGGCAAGAUCACGUCCACGAGCGUCCAGGACGACUCUGGAUCGCAAGAGCAAGUUGGUUCUGUCGGCAGCGGUAGCUACGGCAGCAACGUCGGGGAUGGAGAAGUCGGGUUCAAGCACAUCUUGCACUUCUCCGAUGUCCACCUAAACAUCUCGGAUGGCAACGAAUCUGCUGAGAUUCCAAUCCGAUACGGUUACGACGCCCCCAUCAGCCUACUGACCUCAGCACUCGAGUACGCUAAACAAGUACUACCCAAUCCAGACUUUUUCCUGUACACCGGUGACCAUGCAGUUCAUGGUGAUCCAACGGAUGAAUACCUCGCUGAAGCGGUGAAAGUCAAUGUGGAGACCAUGGCCCAGUAUUUCUCCACCCCGGGCAACGAGACGCUCAACGCUACGGCCGUGUUGGGCGACACUGAUACUAAGAACUACACGAUGAACGUCACUGAUCCAUCCAGCGAGGAGAACCCAACGAUCGAAAUCGUGUCUCCAGCGUGGAGUGACUCACUCAGCGCAACGAACCUCAAAGAUCUCAAUACCCGGGGCUACCUGUCGUACAGUAUUGCCGAAAAGUUGAUCCUCCUUACACUCAAUACGGUACCCUAUUCGCCAAAACACAAGCCGGACUCAACGAACGAGACGGAUCCAUUCGGUCAGUUUGCCUGGCUGAACGCCACACUCUGGGGCCUUCGCAAUGGCAAUAAGUUCGCGUACAUCGCUGGCCACAUCCCACCAAUUAUCGACGCCCAAGAUGGUUCGCCAAUGUGGGAAGCUUCAUACAUCGAUUCAUACAAGAAGAUCGUGACGCAGUACGCGGAUGUUAUCAAGGCGCAAAUCUUCGGUCACACCCACAGUAUCGAGUUCCGUCUGCCGCUCACUGCCGACAUGGAGUCACAAGAUCCCGAUCAAGUCAUCGCAGCCGAUAACAGCGACCAGAGCUCUCAGCUCGUGCCUCUGUUCAUGUCUGCAGCCAUCUCGCCGAUGUUCUACAAUAACCCGGCGUUCAUGGUCUGGGACUUUGAUCCAAGCACGUACGACCUCAUGGACUUCACCGUAUACGGCACCAACCUCUCCGAUAACAACCAGAGCGCCCUCGACUGGCAGCCGCUCUUUAAGGCCAGCACGGCGUACAACGUGAGCUCAUUAUCGUGGUCGGAGAUGAACAACUUCAUCGUGAACGCUGCGACCGACUCGGCACUGGUGGAGCAGUACUACUACAACUCACAGGCGCUGUCGUAUCAACAGACUUCAUGCGAGGACAGCGUGUGCCUCACUUGGUACCUCUGCUCCAUGAUGUGGUGGUCCACCCCCGAAGGCUAUACUGCGUGCCUCGCAGCCGGUUCCCGUCUCGAAUCAACGUCAGCUGCGACGUCUCCAUUGCCCUCGACAUUCGUCUUGGCAUCAAUCACCAUUCUUGCCUUGUGGCUCUGAACUGAGACGUAGACAGCAAAAUGACAACUACAUGUAGCCAUGAUUGUUGCUUGAACAGUAGGAGUCCAUCAAAACGUAGCCAUCUUCCAUGAAAUACAUCCAUCAAUUGCAUUUCUUUUAUCCAAUAAGAACUCCAUAUUCCAUAC